AAAACAUAGAUCUUUUUCUUCCAAACUAAUUUUAACCCUCAAGUAGAGACUCUUCCUAUUUAAAUACCUUCCCAUCAUUUCUCCAACAUUAAUACCAACAAUAUCUUCUAAAUUUCUCUCUAAACAAUCUCAAAAUUUUUAGAAUCGAUGGAUCGAAAGAUGAAGCAAAUAACCACAAGUGCGACCACUAGCCCAAGUUGUUGUAAGAACAAUUAUAAGAUGAAUAGAGAUUCACAUUCAAUAUCCAAAUUGAAGCCAAAAAUACGAAUAAUUCAUAUAAUAGCACCAGAGAUUAUCAAAACAGACGUAGAGAAUUUUCGUGAUCUUGUACAAAGGCUAACGGGGAAGAAUGCUACACGUGAAGUCAAAGGGAAAAAGGGAAAAAAAGAGAGGAAGAAGAUAGAGUCACAACAAAAACAACAACAACAACAACGACAACAAGAAGAAGAUCAACAACAACAUAUGAUGAUGAUGAACAUGUUGCAUCAAGAUAAUAGUACUAGUAAUAAUUAUAGGAUGAAAGAGGAAGAAAGUAGUAGUCAUGAAGAAGGUAUAUAUGGAAGUACUAUUGAGAAUUCAUCAAAUGGAUUUUUAAGUGGUUUUGGAUCAAUGGAAGGAUUUAUUCAAGACUUAGGUCAUGAUCAAUAUCCUCUAUUUCCUAAUUUCAAGCCUACUCAAAUUAAUAUGUUUGGUGAGAUGCCCCUUUGCUAAAUAUUUUCUUGACCAAAAAAAAGAUACUAUAAUUUUAACGGAUCAAUAUAUAGUGUGAGGGGGAUUGUGUGACCUUGAUUAAUAACUUCUUGAUUAUACUUUUUUUUGUCUUCUAAUUUUUUUUUUGGUUGGAUUUGGAGUGGUGAGAAAAAGGGGUUUGGGGAAAGGGAAGAUGAUGAUUGACUUUUUCUUUUUUCAUUUGUAGAGAGAGGAUUCAUACAUGUGAAUAUAAUGUUUUCUUCCAUUUCUUGUAAUUAUAAUUGUCAAUAUUUUGCGAUUAUUCUUUGAUA